GGGGAGGCCGGGGGGCGGCGCGGCGGCCUGGGCGCUGAAUGGGCUGACUGCUCCCGGCUGCGUCCCGCCCCGGCCGGCCCCCGCGCCGCUCCCGCCCGGCUUCUGCGGCCGCCGCCAGCCCCGGCCCCGCGGUGAAUGAAAGGCAGCGCCGCCGGGGGUUGGCUGCGAGCGACGCGGCGACUCCGGUCUCCCCGGAGGCGCGCUCCCCGCCGAGAUGUACGGUGUGUGCGGCUGCUGUGGGGCCCUGCGUCCCAGGUACAAAAGGCUGGUGGACAAUAUCUUCCCCGAGGAUCCUGAGGAUGGCCUGGUGAAGACCAACAUGGAGAAGCUGACAUUCUAUGCCCUCUCCGCCCCUGAGAAGUUGGACCGGAUCGGCGCCUACCUCUCUGAGAGGCUCAUUCGAGAUGUGGGCCGCCAUCGCUACGGGUAUGUGUGCAUCGCCAUGGAGGCCCUGGACCAACUGCUCAUGGCCUGUCACUGCCAGAGCAUCAACCUGUUCGUGGAGAGCUUCCUUAAGAUGGUGGCCAAGCUGCUGGAGUCAGAGAAGCCCAACUUACAGAUCCUCGGCACCAACUCGUUUGUGAAGUUUGCCAACAUCGAGGAAGACACCCCGUCCUACCAUAGGAGCUAUGACUUCUUCGUGUCCCGCUUCAGCGAGAUGUGCCACUCGAGCCAUGACGACAUGGAAAUCAAGACCAAAAUCCGAAUGUCAGGCAUCAAGGGCCUGCAGGGCGUGGUGAGGAAAACGGUGAAUGAUGAACUGCAGGCCAACAUCUGGGACCCACAGCACAUGGACAAGAUUGUCCCAUCGCUGCUCUUCAACCUGCAGCACGUGGAGGAGGCAGAGAGCCGGUCUCCCUCACCCCUGCAAGCACCUGAGAAGGAAAAGGAGAACCCGGCAGAGCUGGCCGAGAGGUGCCUCCGGGAGCUCCUGGGCCGGGCUGCCUACGGCAACAUCAAAAACGCCAUCAAGCCUGUCCUCAUCCACCUGGACAACCACUCCCUCUGGGAACCCAAGGUUUUCGCCGUGCGCUGCUUUAAAAUCAUCAUGUACUCAAUUCAGCCGCAGCACUCCCACCUGGUUAUCCAGCAGCUCCUGAGCCACCUGGAUGCCAACAGCCGCAGUGCGGCAACGGUGCGCGCGGGCAUCGUGGAGGUCCUGUCCGAGGCCGCCGUCAUUGCUGCCACCGGCUCUGUGGGACCCACGGUGCUGGAGAUGUUCAACACGUUGCUGAGGCAGCUGCGGCUCAGCAUCGACUAUGCGCUGACUGGCAGCUACGAUGGGGCCGCUAGCCUGGGCACCAAGAUCAUCAAGGAGCAUGAGGAGCGCAUGUUCCAAGAGGCAGUCAUCAAGACCAUAGGCUCCUUCGCCAGCACGCUGCCCACCUACCAGCGCUCGGAGGUGAUCCUGUUCAUCAUGAGCAAGGUCCCGCUGCCCUCCCUGCAUCACCCCAUGGAGACCGGGAGGACCGGGGAGAACAGAAACCGGUUGACGCAGAUAAUGCUGCUAAAGUCCCUGCUGCAGGUGUCCACCGGCUUCCAGUGCAGCAACAUGAUGUCAGCUCUGCCCAGCAACUUCCUGGACCGCCUCCUCUCCACUGCCCUCAUGGAGGAUGCCGAGAUCCGGCUCUUCGUCCUGGAGAUCCUUAUCAGUUUUAUUGAUCGUCAUGGCAACCGCCACAAGUUCUCCACCAUCAGCACCCUCAGCGACAUCUCCGUCCUGAAGCUGAAAGUGGACAAGUGCUCACGGCAGGACACAGUGUUCAUGAAGAAACACUCCCAGCAGCUCUACAGACACAUCUACCUGAGUUGCAAGGAGGAGAGCAACGUCCAGCAGCACUACGAGGCACUCUACGGGCUGCUGGCGCUCAUCAGCAUCGAGCUGGCCAACGAGGAGGUGGUGGUAGACCUCAUCCGCCUGGUGUUGGCUGUUCAGGACGUGGCCCAGGUCAAUGAGGAGAACCUGCCUGUGUACAACCGCUGUGCACUCUAUGCGCUGGGCGCUGCCUACCUGAACCUCAUCAGCCAGCUCACCACCGUGCCUGCCUUCUGCCAGCACAUCCACGAGGUGAUAGAGACGAGGAAGAAGGAAGCCCCCUACAUGCUCCCUGAGGAUCUAUUUGUGGAGAGGCCCAGGCUGUCUCCAAGUCUCGACGGAGUAGUCAUCGAGCUCCUCUUCCGCCAGAGUAAGAUCAGCGAAGUCCUCGGGGGCAGUGGCUACAACGCAGACAGGCUCUGCCUGCCCUAUGUCCCGCAGCUGACAGAUGAGGAUCGCUUGUCCAAGAGGAAGAGCAUCGGAGAGACCAUUUCACUGCAGGUGGAGGUCGAGUCGAGGAACAGCCCGGAGAAGGAGGAGCGUGUGCCCGCCGAAGAGAUCACAUACGAGACACUGAAGAAGGCCAUCGUGGACAGUGUAGCGGUUGAGGAACAGGAACGGGAGCGGCGGCGGCAGGUGGUGGAGAAGUUCCAGAAGGCUCCCUUUGAAGAGAUUGCAGCACACUGCGGGGCCCGGGCAUCGCUGCUGCAGAGCAAGCUCAAUCAGAUCUUUGAAAUCACCAUCCGGCCUCCACCCAGUCCUUCGGGAACCAUCACAGCUGCCUAUGGGCAGCCACAGAACCACUCCAUCCCAGUGUACGAGAUGAAGUUCCCGGAUCUCUGUGUGUACUGAACUCCAGGACCUUGAGCACACACACCCUGAGGGGGGAGGGUCUGAGGGAAGGGCCCGCCCUCAUGCCCUCCUACCCAGGGGUAUAACAGCUCCCAGAGGUGGAACCCCAUACUACCUGGCCUACAUAGCCCUCCUGCCACUUCCCACCUGCCCCUAGGGAACCCUCCUGCGUCUGCCAUUCUGGGUCCACAGGGCCAAGGAGUCAGGCUGCCUCCCAAGAGAGACCAUGACUGUGGGGCGCAGCUGGUGCUUGAGGACAGCAGGAGCCCAUGCUCUGCUCCUGCCGCCCCCUACCCCAUGUCUUGCUGUAAGGCUGGAAUAGGCAGCAGCCAGGCCCCUCUGCCCAGUGCCCCUUUGGCACCCGCUCACUGACUCAGUUCAGAACAUGCCUGUGUAGGCCCUCCCUUCUCGGUAUUUCUCUGAAUUGGGGGUCUCUCCCCGAAGAACCCCAAAGGGCUUCUUGGGCUCAGAGCCAAAGUGAAUGGGAUAACCAGAUUCAGAAGGGGGAGGAGCCACAGAAAUCCCCAAGGUCACUCCAAGGUCACCUCCCACAGAAGAGGUAUCCAGCUGGGCCUGGGGAGGACUUGGAAGGAGGAAGCAUGGGAUGGAUGCCCCUCUGGGACCCAAGAACAUCAGACGACUGCUCUCUGAGUGUCUCACUUGGGGACCGAGGUCCUGCACCCCAGACAGGAAAUCUCUCUGGCCUGUAUGGGCGAGGUCUGGGAUGGCAGUGCCGGGGCCAACGCAUGUGGCUCUUGGGUUCCACUCACCUUCGCACUGGAUGCCACCUGCCCAGGAGGGGCUGGCAUAGCUGAGGAGCAUCAGGAGAGGGUGAAGGAGCCAGCUGCAAGGUCGUGGCCCCCUCCAAGGGCAUGGGCAGCAGACUUCCCCCUGAGCCUUCUCCCCGCCAUGGUGUGAUCCACAUUCAGCCCUGCCUUCUCUUCCGGUCCAUCCUCCCCUAACUUUUCCUGAGCAGGUAUGACCUGCAGUGAGAAGGAUUGGGCAAUACUCCCUCUG